UUUGGCACCCAUGCCGGUCACGCCCUUCCUUCCAGUGUGUAGAACAUCCAAAUAGGAUCUGGAUCUUCCGUGCAGUUAAGCAUCUUCGACGUGUGAGGUUUCUGCAUCUGGAGAGACCUUCGAGCAUGAUGCGCUGAAUUUCCAUGAUUUCCAAGAGGGACCCUCCCUGUAAAUCAACAAUUUGCUAUUGACGACGCUCACUUGGAGCAUUGCAGACCACGAAAGUAUCUAGACGACCUCGAGGUCCGCUGAGAUGCCAUUCGGGUACGUCGAAAUAAAGCCGGACAACGUCGAAAGCUUGUUGAUGGUGCAAUCCUGCACAGACGUCGCGUGAGCACAACCCUAGCAGAACUCUUCUCUUUUGGGCAAUAUACAGCCUCUCCAUCGAGCUUCUGGUGGUGCAUUGUCUCGGCACCGUAUGAACACGACAGUCCGGGGUAGCGCUGUUUAUUUCGAUCGCAGCUCCGAGGCUGCGUGACAGCAACCAAGUCACUUAUCGAAUUCGAGAUCCUGGCAACGAAUGCAGGCGAGGAUAGGACUGAUGCUGCUACUAUGGCUCUGGGGAGGAAGAUCGAACCAUCACACGCCAUAUUCGCAAUUUGGGGCGUCAUGAAGUAGACAGACAUGGUGAAGCUGUUCGAACAGGGACGAUGAGAGCGCAACUUCACAGUUGACCUCAAGUACGCACAACCCUGGUCCGCAAAGCCGACGAAAACUGCGCAUUCUUUCUCAUUCUCGCUCUCUGUUUGUUGGCGUAAGCCGCCCGCGCUCGUUGAUCGGAAUGGUUCUGGCUACGACACUCUCUGCCCUCGCGGCAUGCGUACGACUUACAUUUGCUCUUCCUCAUAUCGAUCAGACGCCUGUAGUAGCCGCAGCAUUACUGGAGCACACGAAACGAGAGAAUGCUUUCUCACCGUUGGUACCACGUGGUUUGCAGGAGUCCCUAUCACUCCCACCACUGCUUCCCAAACUGGAACUGCUAGACCCCAUUUAUGCUGCAGCACCUCCACUGCCCAUCCUGCAGCUGCCCACACCUCCCUUGACCACGCCCGGGUAUUUUGGCAGUGAUAUUCGUCCGCAAAAAAUUGGCUACUUCUGGACCGCCGCGGGCGACAAUGUGCAUUCAGACUUCCUCGCAACGUUCAGUCUGGACGACGAUACCUUCGGCACAUUGCUGCGGGUCGUCGAGAUUGGCCUCUCCGGGUGCAGUCCACAUCAUUCAGCGGUUUCUUUGGACGGGCAGGUGUUUUGGGGCGGAUGUCUGCUCUCCCUGCUGAAGACCCAGGACACAGGCAUCUACAUCGACACUUCGGAUGUAUACAACCCGCGGUACUGGAAAUCCGACCGAGCGACUUCCGCUUCCAUUGCAGAUGAAGUCGUCGCGAAACCUGGAGGUGGCUUCUUUUUCACCUACAUGGACUCGCUGCUGGGCACCUCUCCUGGACGUCUGGUUGAAACCAGUCCAGAAUACGAAAUCAUACAUCAAUGGCCUGAAGACCUCGAUGGCACGUUGAACAUCCUCGGCCAACAGUUCUCGCCUCAUGGACUUAGCAUCGACUUUGACAGAGGCCUUAUUCUGACAUCGGAUUUUGUGGUGCCAUUGACUGUGCUAAAGCCGGUCUCCACGACCAUCGACGGAGUACAGAGGGCUUCGACCCUUCGGCUUUGGGACCUCGCAACGCGCACCAUCAUAAACACAAUCAAUAUUCUCGAUGGUGGUGGUAUACAGGAUGUCAAAUUUAUUCCCGGCAAUCCCGAAGGAGCGGCUCUGUGCACCGCCGUGCAUCCCGGUCAGGUUUGGAUCAUUUAUCCCUACCGAUUGGACGAGUAUGGCAAGCCUGGUGUAGCGGAGCUAUUUUACCAGUUCGAGUAUCGUGACACCGUCGCCGUCUUCAGCACGAUCAGCAAGAAUGGUCGUUUCGCAUACUUUACAUUCACGACUGGUAACCAUAUUGCUGCCCUAGACAUAACCGAUCUGCGAAACCCCAUUCGACUCGAUAACCCAUACGAGAUUCAACCUGUCGUUGGAGCCCACUAUCUCAAAUUGACGCCUGAUCAGAGGAAUCUCGUCGUCUGCGACUACUUUGUGCAGACAGGGCCAAUAGGAGUCGUCAACACUCCUGCCGACUAUAGAAUUCUGUACAUCGACAUUCUCCCGAACGGAGCACUCUCCUUCGGCCGAAGCAUUGACUUCGCAAGCAUUUUCGCAGACACUUAUGGCGGUGCCAAGCCACAUUCCGUCGUCAUUUUCGAUCUGACAGAUCCGUGGUAUCCUCAGUGGUACUAAUUAGCACAGAUGGAGCAGGUGUACCGUCGUUCGGGGGUAGGACAGUGGCCGUGCACAUGACAGAGAUCUAAGACCAGGGGGGAAAGAUAAUAUCGAUACGAAGGCUUUGUUCCUCGUGUACUAAUGUUUGAUUUGGCGAGAUCAUUAAUCGUAAUUACUUCGACUCUUGAGAAGAGACGUUAUGAGACCAAGAAUUGCGCCAUACAUCUCACACUCCAUACUACUUCCUAUACUUGUUGACAAU